AUGACCGCUCGGCCACAAGAAUUUGUUGCCCGCGCCUACGCUCCUAAGAAUGGGCUCCUUAUCAAAUCUCUCUAUGCGAGUUUUGAUCCCUACAUCCGAGCUCAAAUAUAUUCUCCACCCUUCCAUCUCAACAAACCCAUCGACGCUUUCGGCAUCGGCAAGGUCCUAAAGCCAAACAACGACUCCUACAAAGAGGACCAGCUCAUCAUCGGCGAAAUUCCGAUUCAGAAGUACGUCACGCUCGUUAAGAAUUCCGCUGCUAGAAUCCGUUCUCUGGGGAUUCCCCUCGGACUAGAGAUCCGUGUCUUCCUCUGCACCUUAGGGAUGUCCUGCCUAACUGCCUACUCUUUCUACGAAACCAUAAAACCGAAGAAAGACGGUACUAUUUCAUUUCCGCUGCGAGUGGUGCCGCCAAGUCUCGUUGAAAAUGUUGACUCGGAUGAGAAGGUGAACUACAUUCUUACUGGGCUGGAUUUUGACGCCGGCUUUAACUAUAUGAACGAGGAACCUAGUAAUACUCUCGCACGUCUCGCUCCACAGGGAUUGGAUAUUUACCAUGACAAUAUUGGUGGCGAGCACCUCGAGGCUACUCUGGAUGUCAUGUAUGAUUUCGGUUGCGCUGUUGUCUGCGGUAUGGUUUCUGAUUUGGACGGUGCUGCUUAUCCAAUUAAUAACCUCCACAAUGUCAUCAGGAGGCGUCUCAGCAUCCGCGGGUUUAUUGUCUCGGAUCCGGGGUUCGCUCAUAAAUACUUCUUGGGGCAUCAGAGGAACAUGCAGCGACGGAUCAAAGAGGGCUUUAUCAGAACUCUCAUUCAUGAAACAGUCGGUAUUGAAAAUGCUGCUGAGGGACUAGUCGGGAUCCUUCAGGGAAAGAAUAAAGGCAAGACACUGCUGAAGUUUUAGACUGAUGCUUGCCUCAUGAGACACUGGUGCUUAUCGGAGUAUUGAAGUAGAAGUCAGUGGACCUUUUUGCAUUAAC